ACCAGCUUGUUGAGACGUGAAGGAGAAAGGAGAGAGAAGGUGCAUCAGGGAGAAUGGGGAGAGCGGGAUGUCUGGGGAAGGUGCUAACAGCACUUGGCUGGCCCAGAACUACUUCCUCAGAUCUCUGUUACACAGCAUGCUCACAGUGUUGCUAUUUCGGUCUGAAUGUCACCUAUAAAUUGGAGGCUCUUUCUCUGAAGGCUGCAAAUAGAAGUGCCACUAGAUGAUAUUUGAUUUAUAGGGAGGUUAAGCAGAAAGCCUGGCAUGUCCAUUUUCCAGCCAGGAAACUCAGAGGAGUCCAAGGAUCACACAGGGAACCUUUGCUUUUCCUAGACCUUUCCUCAAGGGUUGGCAAGUCCCUCCCAGAAGGGGUGGGAAGAGGUCACCAACACAGAUUCAUCUCCCUAAUCACCCUGUGGUCGCUUUUUCAGAUUCCACCUCCUCCGCCGCCCAUUCCUGCCUCAUGGAUUUCAACCUGCUGGCAGACUCGGAGGCUCGCAGCCCGGCCUUGUCCCUCUCCGACGCCGGGACCCCCCAGCACGAGCACGGCUGCAAAGGGCAGGACCAGAGCGACACAGAAAAGUCCCAGCAGAACCAGACGGACGACUCCAACGCCGAGGACAGCUCGCUUAAGAAGAAGCAGCGGAGGCAGAGGACUCACUUCACCAGCCAGCAGCUCCAGGAGCUGGAAGCCACUUUCCAGAGGAACCGCUACCCAGACAUGAGCACCAGGGAGGAGAUCGCAGUCUGGACCAACCUGACAGAGGCACGAGUCCGGGUCUGGUUUAAAAAUCGCAGAGCUAAGUGGAGGAAACGGGAGAGGAACCAGCAGGCUGAACUGUGCAAGAACAGCUUUGGAGCCCAGUUCAACGGACUGAUGCAGCCUUACGAUGACAUGUAUUCUAGCUAUUCCUACAACAACUGGGCCACCAAGGGGCUUGCCACCAGCCCCCUCUCAGCCAAGAGCUUCCCUUUCUUCAACUCCAUGAAUGUCAGUCCUCUCUCCUCACAGCCCAUGUUCUCCCCACCCAGCUCCAUCGCCUCCAUGACCAUGCCUUCUUCCAUGGUCCCUUCAGCAGUGACCGGAGUACCAGGCUCCAGCCUCAACAACCUGGGAAACAUCAACAACCUGAACAGCCCAAGCCUCAACUCCGCCGUUUCAUCCAGUGCCUGUCCUUAUGCCUCGACGGCCAGCCCCUACAUGUACAGGGACACGUGCAACUCCAGCCUGGCCAGCCUGAGGCUGAAGGCAAAGCAGCACGCCAACUUCACCUACCCGGCGGUGCAGACAGCAGCUUCCAACCUGAGCCCUUGCCAAUACGCUGUGGACAGGCCUGUAUGAAGGGCUGCCCUCCACCACCCGGGGACUUGACCUUAGCCUGACAAAAGGAGACCUUGAGCCCUACAACAGCGUACGUCCUGCAGAGAAAGAGAGUGAAAGAGAGAGUGAAAGAGAGUAAGAUAGAGGCAAGCAGGCAGUUGGACCUCUAUGAAGAUUUGUCUAACUAUCGUAUGGUGAAUUUUGACUGUCUUUCCCCUCCCAAAUCCCUUCCCCUCUUGCCCAUCAAACCUCUUCCCUCUUGGUGAAAAACAAACAAACAAACGUCUACUGGAAUCCCUGCAGGGAAAUAGGAGCCCCUGACGUGUGAGGUGCCUGACUUGUGUGCAGCAAACCUGAGCAUAUUUUGGUCUGACCCUCCAACCCCUCCAGGUGUGAGGGCUCUCCCCUCCCUUCCCCAGAGACAAGGGGGCCUAGGAAAACA